AUGGCGUCAAAUUUGCCAGCCCAGCCAAACCUUAGGGUCACGAUUAUUGCGGCAGACGGCCUCUACAAGCGCGAUGUCUUUAGGUUUCCUGAUCCGUUCGCCGUGGCCACCGUCGGAGGAGAGCAAACACAUACCACCUCCGUGAUCAAGAAAACUCUGAAUCCUUACUGGAAUGAACCAUUCGACUUGAGAGUCAAUGAGGACAGCAUUCUUGCGAUCCAGAUCUUUGACCAGAAGAAAUUUAAGAAGAAGGACCAGGGCUUCCUCGGAGUCAUCAAUGUCCGAAUUGGCGAUGUUAUCGACCUCUCGAUGGGUGGUGAUGAAAUGCUCACUCGUGAUUUGAAAAAGUCCAACGACAACCUUGUGGUCCAUGGAAAACUGAUCAUCAAUUUAUCAUCGAACCUCAGCGCCCCGCAUCCUAACCAGAAUGGCCUCCAACCGCACCCCGUCGACCGCUUUGCCAACUGGGCCCCCUCCCCCCUGAACGGCGCCCCCACCAACCCCCCAGGACCAGGUGCCCCCUCCCGUGCUAACCUCAGCUCCUUCGAGGAUAGCCAGGGCCGAUUACCCGCUGGCUGGGAACGGCGUGAGGAUAACUUGGGACGGACGUACUACGUGGAUCACAACACACGCACCACCACCUGGUCACGACCAGCGGCCAACUACAACGAGCAUGCCCAACGUUCGCAACGGGAAGCCAACAUGCAGCUCGAGCGCCGCGCUCACCAGAGCCGAAUGCUGCCCGAAGAUCGAACCGGCGCGAGCUCGCCGAACUUGCCGGAUGCGCAACAGAUACCUACACCACCACCCGGUCCUAACGCUGGCACGUCUCUCGCAAGUGGAGCGCCAGCCGGGUCGAACGCGAAUGCGGUAUCCAUGAUGGCAACGGGAGCCACCACUGCUGGCACAGGGGAGCUUCCACCAGGCUGGGAACGACGAGUGACGCCCGAGGGCCGGCCGUACUUUGUGGACCACAACACGCGGACGACGACAUGGGUCGAUCCUCGCCGACAGCAGUACAUUCGCAUGUACGGACAAGGGCAAAAUACCGGCGGUGCCAACAACACUACCAUUCAACAGCAGCCCGUUUCGCAAUUGGGUCCUCUGCCCAGCGGUUGGGAAAUGCGUUUGACCAACACUGCGCGAGUAUACUUUGUGGACCAUAACACAAAGACGACCACCUGGGACGACCCUCGAUUGCCCUCGUCUUUGGACCAGGGUGUGCCACAGUACAAGCGUGAUUUCCGCCGCAAGCUGAUCUACUUCCGAUCUCAACCCGCUCUGCGGAUCAUGUCCGGUCAAUGCCAUGUCAAGGUUCGUCGUAAUAACAUCUUCGAGGAUUCGUACGCCGAAAUUAUGCGCCAAAGCGCGUCCGAUCUCAAGAAGCGCCUAAUGAUCAAGUUUGAUGGCGAAGAUGGUCUUGACUACGGUGGUCUCUCACGUGAAUUCUUCUUCCUCCUCUCUCACGAAAUGUUCAAUCCUUUCUACUGCCUCUUCGAAUACUCCGCCCACGAUAAUUACACCUUGCAGAUUAAUCCCCACUCGGGCGUGAACCCCGAGCAUCUCAACUACUUCAAGUUCAUUGGCCGAGUGGUCGGUCUUGCUAUCUUCCAUCGUCGUUUCCUGGAUUCCUUCUUCAUUGGAGCCUUCUACAAGAUGAUGCUGCGGAAGAAGGUCACCCUUCAAGAUAUGGAAGGUGUCGAUGAAGAUCUACACCGUAACCUGGCGUGGACCUUGGACAACGAUAUUGAGGGAAUUGUGGAACUCACAUUCUCGGUUGAUGAUGAGAAGUUUGGCGAGCGUCGCACUAUUGAUUUGAUACCCGGUGGCCGGGACAUUGCUGUCACCAACGAGAACAAGCCACAGUAUAUUGAGUUGGUGACCGAGUGGAAGAUCGUCAAGCGAGUCGAGGAGCAGUUCAACGCCUUUAUGUCCGGUUUCAACGAGCUUAUUCCCCCCGAUCUUGUCAAUGUCUUCGACGAGCGCGAGUUGGAAUUGCUCAUUGGUGGUAUUGCUGAUAUUGACGUCGAUGACUGGAAGAAGCACACCGAUUAUCGUGGCUACCAGGAGCAAGAUGAGGUCAUUCAGAACUUCUGGAAGAUUGUCCGCACCUGGGAUGCUGAGCAGAAGUCCCGUCUGCUUCAAUUCACCACCGGAACUUCUCGUAUUCCCGUCAACGGUUUCAAGGAUUUGCAGGGUUCCGACGGUCCCAGACGCUUUACUAUUGAGAAGUCGGGUGACCCUAUUGCGCUGCCCAAGUCGCAUACUUGCUUCAAUCGUCUUGAUCUCCCUCCUUACAAGACUCAUGACGCCUUAGAACACAAAAUGUCUAUUGCCGUGGAGGAAACGCUUGGAUUUGGACAGGAAUAG